AUGAGUCUGUGGAACAUCAGCGACAGACGGUCUGUCGCCACAAACAGCAAUGCCAACAAGAAUGCAGCUACCGCUCCCCGAAGUACAGACCAGCUUGCUGAUCCAAAUCUCACGGAUCCGAAUCUCUGCAUCAACGGGACGUGCGUCUAUGAGCGUCAUCUACCUGGCAAUGUGUCCAUCAUGGCAAAUGUGCAGCGUCUGCAGCAUGGUCAUUACUCAAGUCCAGCCCUAGUCACGGGAGAUUUCGAUAAUGUCGAUUUCCUUGCGCUGAACUUUGUGUUUCAUGCUCCCCGCGCGCUUAGGCACCGUUUCAGAGCUGCCACGAUUCGUGCUUCGGUGACUAACAGGGAGGCAUUGUGUGCAUUUCCCCGCCCAGAGAGACUGAGGGAGGCCCCACGGUUCCUCAUGCAUGCACCCCAUCUCAUAUACGGAGCUGUCUCUCCUGAUAACCUGCAGUGGACGUUCAAUAUGGCAGGAUCGAUGGGGGUCUCCCAGUUGCCCAUAAGCGCUAGUUUCGUGCCCUCCAGAACCAUGAAGGAGAGCUACAGGCGCUACGAAAUGUUGCGAAUCCAGGGAUCAGUGAGAACUCUUCACAGUCCAUGGGGCUCCCAAUUCGACGUUGAAGCGGGAGAAAUCGUCUGGUCCCUGGAGGAGAACAACGUACAGCGAUCUGGUCUCCCGCGCGAGUUUACGUUUGUCAUGUUGGUACACAAGCCACGCGCGGACAGCGACAUCGUCCUUACGCUGGACAUUAAGCCUGAGAUCCAGGCCUGGAUAGGCAGGUUCCCGCAGUUUUGGUUGAACAGGUCGGCAUACCAGCCUGUGUGUCAGAAGUCGGUAGAUUUUAAGAGACCAGUUGGGCAACGAUUUGAGCCUAGCAGGUCUGUUAGGGGCUUUAAUUUCGCAGCCCUAAGCAGCUCCUUUGAAGACUAUGUCAGUAUGCCCGGUAGCACAUAUUCUUCCUCCAAGUUAUCGCCGGAUGGGGUGGUUCCAACAGAUAAUGCAGCUGGAGCCCCCAGCAGGGAGUUACUCGACAUCAAGCAUAUUCCAGUAAUGGACGGACUAGAUGAAGGAGCCCAACAUCCCACUUCAUCCCAGCUUUCAAGAGGAGUUACGAUCAGCGCUCAAAUAGGGAACCAGACUUCAAGCGCGGCCUCAGCGCCCCUUGAUAAACCUUUGAAGCGGAAUAAUACUUUUCAGCAGGGGGGUUAUGUAAAUGUAGGGAUGUCCAUGGAAAAUUCUGACGAUGUAAUAGACUCACCCAUGCAGAAUGGUCCCGGCCUUCAGGAAGAGAUGGAGGCUAGCAGAGGAGUGUUUUCUUCUUCAACUACAAACUGA